AUGGCCUGCGACCACCUGGAGGUGAUGUACGAGGCCGAGGACAUGGGGACCCUGCCCUGCCUGCGCGUGGAGCCGGGGCCCGGCCCUGGGGGGCCCCGCAGCGUCCCCACGCUGGAGGUGACGGUGGCCGAGGCCCCCCCGCAGCGCCCCCCCGCGACACCUCCCACGCCCUUCUCUGCCCGACGCAGCAUCUACGAGAGCCGCGAGCUGGUGCUGCCGGGGACCCCCGAGGAGCUGGGGGCGUUCAUGGGGGAGGCCCUGGGCGGGGCCCCCUGGACGCUGCAGGUGACGCUGCCCCGCGCCCACCUGAGCCUGAGCCCCCCCGAGCUGCUGCAGCGCCUCUACAACAGGAUCAACAACGACCUCCUGCUCUGGGACCCCGCUGGCCCCGCCCCCUGCCAGGGCCCCGCCCCCUCUGCGGACCCCGUCCCUGCAGGUGACCCCGCCCCCUCGGAGGGCCACGCCCCCUUCCGGCCCUGCAGGUCUGCGCUGGGCACAGACUCGGAGGAGGAGGAGGAGGAGGACGAAGGCCCCGGGGUGUCCCCGCAGGACCUUGGGGACACCAGGGACCCCCCCGGGCCCCCGCAGAGCGGCGGCGCCGUCCUUGUCACUGUGCCCUGGGGCCGUGUCACUGCCGACUGUCCCGCUGCGGGGGGGGUCCCGGGGUCGCGGCUGGUGCUGGAGCUGGGGGAGGGGCGGCUCUGUGUCCUCCCCCGCCCGGGGGGAGCCCAGGGUCUGUCCCGAGCCUGCGCCGACGCCCGGAGCCUGGUCCUGCUGCACGGCCCGGUGCCUGAUGAGGGGGAGGGGCCGCCCCCCCCCCUGCACCCCACCCUGGUGCCCUGGGAGGAGCCCGCGCCCCCCCCAGGGGUCCCCGCGCCCCCCCGGAUGUUGGCGCUGGCCCUGGGCAGCAGCCUGAGCCCCCGCGGGGACACCAAGGAGCUGGUGGUGGCGGUGGCCCUGGAGGGGGUGAUGCUGCGGCACCGCCCCGACCCCCCCGGGACCCCCUGGUACAGCCAGCUGCUGGCCCUGCUGGCCCUGGAGGAUGAGCCGGUUUUGGGGUACACGGCCCCCACGCCCCUGACCCAGCUGCACCUGCACCUGCAGCGCUGCAGCCUCGACUACAGGCCGCCGCCCCUCCCGCUGCGGGUGCUGGUGACAGCCGAGACCCUGAGCGUCACCUGCGGGAGCGGCCCCGACCCGCGCCCGGGGGGGCUCCGGCUGCUGGUGGAUGACGGCUCCGUGUUCCUGAGCGAGCGCUGCGGGGGGGGCGCGCUGGACCUGCAGAGGGAUUUCGUCUCCGUGCUGGACGUGGAUUUCCUGGAGCUGGUCCUCAACACCUGGAGGGGGGGGGACGGCGAGGGGGGGGGCGGUGAGUGGGGGAGGGGCCCCCCCCCCGAGGAGCUGCUGGUGGCCCCCGCGCGCCUGCGGGGCCGCACCUGCGCCGACAGCGCCGCCGCCAUCGCCCGCCUGCUGCGGCACCUGGGGACCCCCCCGGGACCCCCCCCGGGAGCCCCCGACAGCCACGCGCCCGCCCCCGGGCCCCCCGUCCCCCCGGAGAGACCCUCGGGACAGCCCGAGCCCCCCCCGGGGGCAGAGCAGAGCCCCCCUGUGCCCCCUCCCGCCCCCAUCAACCAGCAGGACCUGACGGACGCCCUGAGAGACCCCCCCGGGACCCCCCCCGGGGACCUCCGGACCCCCGGUUGA